AUGGCCCCGCCACCUCCAACCAACGGUGCACAUGUGUGUUUGUCAUGUGUGGUGAUCGUGAGCAGCAUGGCACUGAUGGAUGCGUAUUUGGUGGAACAGAACCACGGGCCCCGGAAGAUCGGUGUGUUCAUCAUCGUUAGUGUGGGCGAUGUGUGCUUCCUAAUAGCACUGCGCUAUGUUGCAGUAUGGGUGGGCACUGAGCUCAGGACAGCUAAACGUGGCUACGCCAUGAUCCUUUGGUUCCUCUACAUCUUCGUCCUGGAGAUCAAGGUCUACUUUAUCUAUCAGAACUACAAAUCAGACCGGAAGAUUCUGGAUGCUCUGACGCGUAAGGCUUUAACGUUGCUGUUGUCUGUGUGUGUGCCAGCGUUGUUUAUUAUUUUGGUUGCGGUGGAUCACAUGGAGUAUGUAACAGCAUUUCGGAAAAAGGAGGAGAUCCGAAACCGGCUCUUCUGGGUGGUGGUGGACCUCCUGGACAUUCUGGACAUCCAGGCAAACCUGUGGGAACCUCAAAAGAAAGGCUUUCCAUUGUGGGCCGAAGGUGUGAUGUUCUUCUACUGCUACAUCCUACUGCUGGUGCUGCCCUGCGUUAGCCUGAGUGAGAUUAGCAUGCAGGGCAUCAACAUCAGCCCACACAAGAUGAUGCUUUACCCCAUCCUCAGCCUAAUCACCAUCAACGUGGUCACCAUCUUUAUACGUGGAGGGAACAUGGUUCUGUACAAAGACAGCCGUGUCUCAGGGAUCCUACUGGGAAAGAACAUUCUUGCUAUCGUGCUGAAGACAUGCAGCUUUGUGCAGUAUAGGAAGCAGUUGCAGAGCGCUAAUGCUAGUCGAAACACUCCUCCUCCUCCAGUGCCGUUCAGUGUUGAGCUGCAUAAGAACUCACUGCCUCCGAGUCGCGACAUUAUGGUACAUUCAAACCAAACUCCCCUACCUGACCUCAACACACCCAAACAAACAUGA